AUGGCUGUCGCAGCGGCGCAUCAACUGCGUAUGGCCCCGGGCCUCGCGUCCAUGCUUCUCCCUCGAGUCUCGGCCCCGAUAAUACUCGCCUCGUCCCGAUGGGCCACCGUCUACUCCCACGAGGUCACCCACCCUCUCCUCCCUUCCCUCUCCAUGGGUAUUCCUGGCAUCCAGCUCAGCCUACCCUCGUUACUCGGCGACAUAUGGGAGUCCAUCCUUCGUGCCGUCCCCAAGAAGAAGACAUCCCACUCGAAGAAGAGACACCGGCAGAUGGCCGGCAAGGCGUUGAAGGACGUCAAUUCGCUGUGCAGGUGUCCGGGGUGUGGUCAGACGAAGCGCAUGCACCGACUGUGCCCUCAUUGCAUGGAGAGCGUGGAUGAUAUUGAUGGUUCAAAACAAUAUCUCACCGUCCAUACUGUGGACAAUGCACACCUUACCGACAUAUUCGCCCUUGCGGCAACUCCCAAGGCCAUCCUCUCAGCAAGCGGCUCCUCCAGCAUCAACGUCCACGAAACCACCACACCUACCUUCUCACUCACCCAAACCAUCAGCGCCGCCCACCCAUUAGGCUGUCAUCACCUCUGCACAUCCCGCAACGGCAAAGUGGCCGCGAGCGCCGGGUUUGGUGGUGAGAUUAAAGUAUGGAGUCUCGACCCCGACUCUAGUGAGUGGACCACACACUCCGAGAUCCCGAAGGGCGCCGUGAAGGACGCAUCGAUAUGGGCUAUCGCUCUCAACGAGAACGGCCAGUACCUGGCUACCACGACCAGGGAUGGCAAGGUCAUAGUCUGGGACGUAUUUGAUAAGAAUAGCCCCAAGAUUAUUCGAGAGUACGAGACGGGCAGUGGGAACUCGGGUAGCUUUGGAAUGUGUGUGGAUUUGAGCGGUAAUGGCAAGUACACUGCCAGUGGACAUCAGAAUGGCACCGUCUACGUUUUCAACAACGAUACAGGAAGACUUGUAUAUUCAUUAACAGGUCUAGCGAACGCGAUCCGGACCGUCGCCUUCUCGCCUGGCUCUACAAGACUCGCAGCUGCGGGAGAUUCCGCCGUCAUAGCCCUCUACGACAUGCAACACGGCGAACAUGUUGGCAACCUCACGGGCCAUUCCGCGUGGGUAACGUCCGUCGACUGGAAUGACAGCGGCGAGUUUCUUCUCAGUGGCGCCAUGGAUGGCAAGGCCAAGGUCUGGUCUGUUGAACGGAAGGUCUGCGUCGCCACCCAUAGUGAGACGGAUAAGCCGCUGUGGUCUGUGAAGUGGUUGCCAAAAACGGGUAGGAUCACCCGACGAUCAACAGGCGGCAGUCGAGCCAGACCCGGCCCCGAAAAGGGUCAAUCGACCAUUAGCUUUGCCAGUCGCGUAACGAAGGCCGUCCCCAAGGAUGUGAAGAAAGCCGCACUCGCCGAACCCACCACCCCCAAGAAGGCGGAGGUGAGAACCCCCUCCAAAGAGGAGGAAGAAGAAGAGGAGGUCGAAGAGACUCCCGUCGAAGAGGGGGAAGAGGAGACCCCCAAGGAAGGCGAACAUGUCGUUGAACAAGUUAGUGCUGCUCCCGAACCGGCGGAAGCGGAGAGUGACGAGUUCGAGGCGUUGGCGGAGAAGAUGACGGAUGCUGAGAUUAAAAAGUAUUGGUCUGGAAUUAUGAGUGCUAGGCUCGCGAUGCCGGUGCAUCAGGAGGACUUGACUGUUCACGAGAAGAUUUUGCGAUAUUUUGACGUUUCAUCACAGUAUGGACCGAGCAUUGGCAUCGACCGCACCAAGCGCUGGAAGCGGGCGGAAAGGCUUGGUCUUAACCCUCCGAUCGAGGUCCUCGCUGUUCUUAUGAAAGAACACAAGAAGCAUCCCAAGGCUAACACAGAGGUGUCGUCGAUGGAUGAAAUCAUGAGCCACAUUGCCGCUGGGGCGUGA